AAGGCACUGGACAAGUACCUCGGGACACCGUGCGCGGCGCUGUGAACUGUCCGUAUUCCGCCCGUAUUAUUUAGUUAAAAAUAAAUUGAGAAGCUAAUUAAAUAUUUAAAGCUCACUACAAACGGGUACAAACCUACUACAAACAACAGAAUUAGUUCAAUUUUUAAUAAACCAUCAUAUGUCGGCUAUCUAUACACGAAUGAUUCUUUUAUGUCGGUUAAUUGGGCCCUAAAAAAGCGCAUAGAGUCAACAUAUCCAAAAAUACUUUCCAGGCUUUGUGAUAUAAGACCUUAAUUCUCGGACAGGUAAGGGCAUAACAUUUCUCCCUAGGAUUUAUUCCCCUAAAACGAUUUUCUAAUUUUAUAAUUUACUUAAUUAUGUUCAACUAUAAAAUAAGCAAUGAACGUUAGAUAAAUGAGUUUGUGGUGCGAAAUUUGUAGGAUGAACAUUCAUUUUUAAGUUAACUGAAAAUUAUAACAUUAUAACAUUCAUUAGUUUGACUAGAAAAUUGAAAUGCUUUCCUUUCGAUCAAAGUAUGUACUUUAUUCUCACGGUCAUUGAUCUAAAAAUCUCCCGUAAGUGAAAUUAUCAUUCUGCUGUGGGAAAAUUAUAUUACGAACUCUUUCUCCUUCUGGGAGUUGAAGAGGACCAGUGAAAAUGGGGGGAGACGUGUGUCAGUUUGAAAGUGCGAGCCGCCGAGAAAGGUACACCGCUGAUAUCGGUACCGUUUUAACAGUCAUGAGGUGUACCAUCGAACCCAAUAAAUUGCCAACUAUAGCAGUAAUCCUCAAUGCCGUUUUUCUGGUUACCGGGGGCAGAGAAACGAAUGAUGCACCUUGUAUCGAGUACAACAAAUUUUACAGAAAUUCAAAUACACCUGCGCACAGUGUUUGGGCGCCAACUGAAUGUGCCAAAUAUUUUUUGUGUUUAGACAAUGAAGUAUUCGAAUUCAAAUGCUCCGAGGGACUUCUCUUCGAUGUUACUAGACAGAUAUGUGAUUUUAAAGCUAAUGUUGACAAUUGCGACGUGACAUCAGAUGUACAACCACCAAGACCUCUCCUCGAGGAUGGGGAUUGUGAUGGUGGAAGUUUGGCAUGUGGUGAUGGCACUUGCUUACCUAAUAUUUAUUUUUGCGACGGAAGUGUCGAUUGUCCUGAUGGGUCUGAUGAAGCAUGGUGUGAUAAUCAGAACGACCCUAACAUCGCUCUUCCCUGUGACCUUGAAAAAUGUUCUCUCCCAAAUUGCUGGUGUUCUCACGAUGGCAAACAAGUUCCCGGCAAUUUGACGGUAUCCACUGUCCCCCAGAUGAUAACAAUCACCUUCGACGAUGCUGUGAAUGCCGAGAACUUCGACCUCUACACGAAACUGUUCAACGACGCCAGGAAGAAUCCCAAUGGUUGCCCUAUACGUGCUACUUUCUAUGUAAGCCAUCAGUACACGAACUAUCGGGAUGUUCAGUAUUUGUGGAAUGGGGGACAUGAAAUAGCUGCUCAUUCUGUGACCCAUCGGGGUCCAGAGACAUGGUGGUCUCACAACGCAACAAUCGAAGAUUGGUUCGAUGAAAUGGUGGGACUGUCCAACAUUAUCAACAAAUUCGCCGCCGUUCGAUUGGAGGACAUCAAAGGCAUGAGGGCUCCAUUCCUCCGAGUUGGAUGGAACAAACAAUUUCUCAUGAUGUCUGAAUUUGGAUUUUCAUAUGAUUCUUCGAUGGUCGCUCCCUACACUGAUGCACCCUUUUGGCCGUACACUUUGGAUUAUCAAGGCCCGCAUGAGUGUGUUGGUACCGGACAGAAUUGCCCUACCAGGGCCUAUCCCGGGGUGUGGGAAGUCCCGUUGAAUCAACUCUUGGUUGGGGAUUACACAUGUGCUAUGAUCGAACAGUGCCCAACGAGUUUGACUGGUGAGGAAAUUUACAAAACUUUGAUGUUAAACUUCAAAAGACAUUAUCUGGCCAAUCGAGCACCAUUCGGUCUAUAUUUCAAUUCUAUGUGGUUUAGGAAUCCAACUCAUGUCUACGCUUUCGAGAAAUUUCUGGACGAUAUACUUCAACUAUCCGAUGUCUACUUCACUACCACUCAUCAAACAAUUGAGUGGAUGAAAAAACCAACGCCGAUCAGCGAAAUAUCGUUUUUCGAACCUUGGCAAUGCCAUCCACGUAAUUUCGAUCGUCACGAGAUCGCCUGCCAAGUACCAAAUGCCUGUAAACUGUCAAGUCGAGUCCUCAAGUCGUACAGAUACUUGAACACUUGUUUCGAUUGUCCGAAACAGUAUCCGUGGUUCAGGAAUGAAUUCGGAAGGGAUUGAUC